AUGCACUACGUAAGAACCCCUCUAUUGCCGAAAAGUUUUAACGACGACAGCACCUCGCCGCAGAUUUAUGCCAAGCUCGAGAUGCUGCAACCUGGUGGCAGCUUCAAAUCGAGAGGGAUUAGCCAUUUGAUUGAGAAGCGCAAAUUGGAGGCCGAAAAAGAUGGCGGAAGGAAACUAGCAGUGUUUACAAGCUCCGGUGGUAACGCAGGGUUAGCAGCCGCAACUGCAGCGCAGUCAAUGGGCUUGGCGUGCACAGUGGUGGUACCUAAGCUGACAAAAGCUAGGAUGAUCAAGAAGAUAGAAAAAGCUGGAGCCACUGUCGUUGUUCGCGGCGAUCAUUGGGGGCAGGCCGACUCCUAUCUUCGUGAAGAGCUGAUGGUUCAAGUGCAAGAACAAGGAUUGGACGCUCUUUACGUGCACCCCUUUGAUGACGAAACCAUUUGGGCUGGGCACUCCACAAUUGUGGACGAAAUCGUGGAACAGCUGAAGGAGCAAGGGGUUCCACUCUCUAAGCUGAAAGGGAUUGUAUGCAGUGUUGGCGGCGGCGGCUUGUUUAGUGGAAUUAUCAAAGGCCUGGAAAGGUAUGGUCUUGCAGAUUCUGUUCCCGUGGCCGCCGUCGAAACGGAAGGGUGUAAUGUUCUGGCCAAAUCGGUAGCGGAAGGGGCUCCUGUCGUUCUUGAUAAAAUCACGAGCGUUGCAACUUCCCUGGGGUCGCCAUACAUUGCAGCAUUUGCUUUUGAAAGUGCCCAGAAAUACAACAGUAAAUCAGUAGUUUUGCAAGACAAGGAUGUUGUACAGACCUGCUUGCAGUUUGCCGAUGAUUUCGGCUUUAUCGUGGAACCUGCGUGUGGUGCUUCGCUGCAUCUAUGCUAUAAACCAGAGUUACUGGACGACGCUUUCGGAAGAAAGUCAAGUUUAACGCGUGACGACGUGGUUGUUGUCAUCGCUUGCGGAGGCUCGUGCAUGACUUAUGAAGAUAUGCUUAAGUUGCAGAAGGUGAUGGAGUAG